CUUUCGCAUUUGAUUCCACUAAGUUCAGUACAAGAUGAAGCUCGCCGCGGUCGCCUUGUUGUUAGCCAGUGUUUUAUCGGUUUCGAUUGGUGCUCCGGUCGAUGUGAUCCGUGACCUUAUCCUCAAUUUCCGGGAGCAAAUGCCAUGCGGCUUCCCCGAUUGGAAUCUGCCUCCACUAGCACCUUUCGUUUUGGAUACUUUCAAAUUAGAUACCGAUGGAAUUCGUCUUCAAGUCGAUGACCUAUUCCUCGAGGGACUGAACAGUUUUGACCUGGAGGAACUUACCUUCGCCCUAUUGCAGUUCAAAUUAGGGUUCCAUUUCAACUUCCGGGAGAUCAAUUUGAGGACAAAAUAUGACCUAGAAAUCAGCAACUUGGGAAUUGACCUUGGGGCCAUUGGAGGUUUAAAUGGAAUUGCCGGGAAAGGGGAUAUUGAUCUCGGCGUAAAAAACUUGUCCAUUGCUGGUAAUUUGGCAAUUCAAUUCCAUUCUGGCGAGAGUCAAGAUGUUACUUUGAAACAGUUCAGAGUUGCUCUUGGAUUAGACGACAUCAAGCUUAAGAUUACAGGACUGUUGGGUGAUGAAAUUGUUAGUGAAUUCCUCAGUGACGUGUUGGUCAGCGUUGUUGAAACCUUUGUCGAUGAAAUGCAAGAUUUCCUGGGUGACACUGUUGAAAAUUUGAUAAUUCCUGUGGUAGACAAACUUUUGGUUAAUGUCACUUAUCAGGAUAUUAUGGAUUUGAUCACGGGUAAAAAGCCUUUCAAAGCAUUGGAGACGAGCUGCACAAGGAGGAGGGAGAUCGAGUUUUUGUUUGGUAUUAAACAUUGAUUGACUGAAAAGUGAAA